GUGGUCCCGCGGGUCCCGGGAGUGCCAGCUGGGCUUUUCCAGAUUAGGGUCAAACUGCCCCCUUUGUCCCGGUGGCGGCGCCAGGAGCUCCUCGCCGCUCCGGAUGGGAUUGUGUGACUGCCCUUGCGCUGCCCUUCCCUUCCCAGGGCAUCCCCGGCACCGUGUCUCCUCUGCCCCUCAGUAAUCUGCCAAAGACUUGUUUUUCCACCUUUGCUCAGCCGGUGAUCUGAAGACUGAUCCUACUUGGUCCACAGGUAGCUAAAGCAUUAGCCAAAGGAACUAUUCAACAUUAAAUAAAAUGUCUUCCACCAAACCUUCAAAUGAAAAUGAAACACUCAAAGAGAGAAAACCAGGACUGAGGAAUGUUCAGACAACUAUGCUUUUCCGGGCUGUGAACCCUGAGCUUUUCAUUAAACCUAACAAACCUGUGAUGGCAUUUGGACUGAUAGCAAUUAGCCUCUGUGUGGCCUAUCUUGGUUAUUUGCAUGCAACUGCAGAGAAUAAAAAGGACCUCUACGAAGCAAUCGACAGUGAGGGGUCCAGAUAUAUGAGGAGGAAAACUUCCAAGUGGGACUGAGAAUGUAAAAAAGAAAAUCAGUAAAUCACUCACGGAAUUUUUCAAGGCAACUACUGGGUUUUUUUCCCCUUUCUCUUGAACUAAUGGACAAAUGUCUGUCUUGCAUUUUAAUCUAAUUCGGGUUCCUUUAUAAAAUGCUCUGCCUGUACAAAUAAACUGCAGUAAAGAUACAUGUGAAAAUAAAAUAAAAAUAAAAGAAUUGCUCUUUGUGAUCUCCAGAGAGAUCACUGUCGGAAGAUAUGAAGUCACUUCGGACCUGCAGUCAGUACUAGUAAAUGCCUUAGAAACUGACAUGAAAGUUCAGCUUUCUCUUUGCUCUGAUUAAAUGAAAACAGAGGUUUAUCCUUUUUUUUUUUUUUAAACAGAAUGAAUAAUGUGUUGUCUGUGAAAAGAAAAGUAGAUAUCUUGAUCUGUGGAUAACAGUGGUGCAAGUAAGCUAAUUUUAAGGCAAGGAAGAUCUCAUAAAGCAAUUGGUGAAGGGUUUUAUUUCAUAAAGGAAACUGUAAAAUAGUAGCCAAAAUAAUCCUUGGAUGCUUAAUAUACUCUUCCUUACAAAUAAAAGGUAAAUCACUAGCCAAAUAGAGGAGAAAAAGUGAAACAAGUGCUUCUGUUAAGAGAAAGGUAGGAAGAAUUCAGCCAUUAUAUUUCCUGUUUGGCAUCAUAUAACAGGUCAGUAAGUGUGCUGGCAUCGGCCUGCCAGUUGAUAACCUUAGCUCCAGGUUGGCUGGAGUUUUUGUAAUAUUCUUGACUAAUCAGCAGGACUAGUUUUAUUUCAACUGCAUUCAAAAAUUAAACUUCUCUAUAUUGCAAAAUA